AUGAUACAAAAAGCAAAGGAUGCUGAUGUUAUUGGAAUAGUUGUGGGAACUUUAGGCGUUGCAUCUUAUUUAACUAUAAUAUCGCAUCUCAAAAAAUUAAUCAUCCGUGCUGGCAAAAAACCAUAUACAUUUGUCAUGGGCAAACUUAACGUCGCAAAAAUGGCCAAUUUUAUGGAAAUCGAGUGUUUUGUUCUUGUAGCCUGUCCUGAAAAUAGCUUGAUUGAUUCAAAGGAAUUUUAUCGUCCGAUUGUGACUCCUUUUGAGUUAGAGAUCGCUUUGAAUCCAUCAAAACAAUGGACGGGAGAAUAUAUCACGGAUUUUCAGCUCUUGUUAUCUAGAAUUGGUAAGUUAGAGUAUUAUCAAUUUAUAAGUACCAUUUUAACACAAUUUUAUUUUAUGCCAGGUUCAAGCACCGAAGAAUUUGAAAAGUCCGUAGGUGAAGAUGAUGAACCACAUUUCUCUUUAAUUACCGGAAAGUACAAACAAGGUCGAAAAUAUGCCAUUCAAGACGCAUCUGUAGAAAAUGUUACGGGCAGCAUCAAAGAUUUAACAUUACGCAAUCAAAAUACAUCAGUAUCAACUUUACUGAACAGUGCAGCAGGUGAUUAUCUUAAAUCAAGGACAUUUCGAGGACUAGAGCAACAAAUCGGAGAAACAGAAAUACGAUUAGCCGAAGAGGGUCGAUCUGGUAUUGCUAAAGGUUAUGCUAAUGAAGAAAUUUAA